AUGCAUAUGCGCGUUUUGUUUGUUACAUUGUUGCAGUCGGUCUGCAGCGACUUUCAGACUCUCGCGCAUAUGAGAGCGAAGGCCAGCGACAAAAGCCAGUCCAGAGCUGUGGUGGAUCUGCUCCGGAGACUGCUGGGAAACAGAUCUCGGGAUUUCAUCGUGUCAGUCAACAGGACUCUGUCUAAUGACACUCUAGACGUGUGUGAGCUGCGAUCCGCGAAGAACAACAAGAUCCUGGCGGUGGGCAGCACGGGGGUCGCGGUGGCCACCGGUAUAUACAACUAUCUCAAAUACUUCUGCAACUGUCAUGUGUCCUGGUCUGGAGAUCAGUUAAAUAUCCCCCGACCCCUGCCUCCUCUCACCGGCGUCCUGCGCAUCAACACCCCGCACAGGUUCAGGUACUAUCAGAACGUAUGUACCCAGAGUUACUCCUCCGUGUGGUGGGACUGGCCCAGAUGGCAAAUGGAGAUUGAUUGGAUGGCACUGAAUGGCAUAAACCUUCCUCUGGCAUUCACUGGACAGGAAGUGCUAUGGCAGGAGGUUUAUCUGUCUCUCGGUCUGAACCAGACUGAGCUGGAUCGCUUCUUCACAGGUCCAGCUUUCUUAGCGUGGAACCGCAUGGGAAACCUGUUUCAGUGGGGAGGACCACUUCCUCAGUCUUGGCACGUCAAACAGCUCUACCUGCAGGUACUGAACAUCUUAAAAAAAAUGAGAUCUUUUGGGAUGAUACCUGUAUUGCCUGCUUUUUCAGGAAUCGUACCUGAAGGUAUUACCAGGUUGUUCCCCCAAGCAAAUGUGACCAAGCUGAACCCCUGGAGCCAUUUUAACUGCACCUACUCCUCCGCCUAUGUGCUUGACCCACGCGAUCCACUUUUCCAGCGAAUAGGAGCGCUCUUUUUGACCCAGGUCAUUAAGGAGUUCGGAACAGACCACAUUUACAACACCGACACCUUUAAUGAGAUGGUCCCAGCCUCUUCGGACCCCGCUUACCUGGCGUCUAUCAGCCGUGCCGUUUUCAAUACAAUGACUUCAGUGGACCCUCAAGCAAUUUGGCUGAUGCAGGGCUGGUUAUUUAUCAGUAACCCUUCGUUCUGGAAACCAGACCAGGUCAAGGCACUGUUACACGGCGUCCCCCUGGGGCGCAUGAUUGUCCUGGAUCUCUUUGCUGAAUCCAUGCCUGUCUACUCUUCCACAAACUCCUUCUACAGCCAGCCGUUUAUUUGGUGCAUGCUGCACAACUUUGGAGGGAAUAGCGGUCUGUUUGGAACGGUGGAAAGCAUUAACUCCGGCCCCUUCAAUGCCAUCCGCUUCCCGAAUUCAACCCUAGUGGGUUUGGGUUUGACUCCCGAAGGCAUCGAACAGAAUCCAGUCAUUUACGAACUUAUGAGUGAGCUGGCCUGGCGCAAAGAACCCGUCAACCUUUCCAAGUGGGUGUCGCUGUACGCCCUGCGGCACUACGGUAGUAUGGAUGAGAACCUGACGGCGGCCUGGCAACUCUUGUUUCAUAGUGUGUAUAACUGCACUCUUCCGCAAUACAAGAACCACAACCGGAGUCCAUUGGUACAUCGUCCGUCCCUGCGGAUGCAAACAGACAUUUGGUACGAACCGACUGACUUCUACAAAGCAUGGAAGCUUCUGUUCGAAGCCGCGCCAGGGUUAGCCACUCUGGAAACUUUCCGGUACGAUCUUGUGGACGUGACGCGACAAGCGCUUCAGCUUCUUACAACGGAGUUCUACAAGGAAAUACGAAAUGCUUUCCAGGUAAACCCAAACUUAAGAGUUAUGCCUGAUGUCGAUGAACUAGCAAGAAAUUGCUCAAAUUGA